GCUGGUCGCAAUUCUUACAUUGGAUGUAGAAGUUAACCACCAGUUUAAACAACAACAGAAACAACACAACGAAAGUCAAUUCAUCUUCAGCAAAUCCCUGCGCUCGAUAUGGCGCCUUCAGUUGCAGAUGCUAUCGCAGCUCUUGAUGAAAUCAAACCGCCUCAAGGGGUGGUACUACCACCAAAAGAAAUCAAAGGUACGCGACCAAAUCAACAUUAGAAGCAGGUUCAUCUAACACUACAAUAGCUAUCCUCGAGAAGACUGCAGGCUAUGUAGCGCGAAACGGUAUCAAUUUUGAAGGUGAGGCACUCUUGAGGCCCCAUCAAUUGCAUUAACAUCAAGCUAAUGAUAAGUAGAUCGCAUCAGAGAAAAAGAAAGAACCAAUCCUAAAUUCUCCUUCCUUAGCACCAAUGAUUCAUACAAUGCAUACUACUUAUGGCGUCUCAGCGAGAUUAAGGAAGGCAGAGGAACCGCCGUUGCAGCGGGCAGAGCUGGAGAGGCGCCCGCCGAAGUAGAGAAACCUCAAGGACCUCCUAAACCACCAGACUUCCAUUUCUCAGCGCGCAUGCCGAAUAUCAGUGCACAGGAUCUCGAAGUAGUCCGCUUAACUGCAUUAUUCGUGGCAAAAAAUGGUAGACAAUUCAUGACGACAUUAUCUCAGAGAGAGACGGGGAAUUAUCAGUUCGACUUCUUAAGACCCAAUCACAGCUUACACAACUUCUUCCAGCGAUUGAUCGACCAAUAUACCUUGUUAUUGCGAGCAAGUGGUAUGGAUGGAGAAGGGGGAAAGCAGCAGCAAGAGAGAAUAAAGGAGUUACAGGCCAAUGUAGAUGAUAAAUUUCACGUUUUAGCUAGAGCCAAGCAGAGAGCAGAGUGGUUCAAAUUCCAAGAUGAGCAAAAGCAGAAGAAGGAAGAGGAGGUCGAGAAAGAGAAGCUCUCCUAUGCACAAAUCGAUUGGCACGAUUUUGUUGUGGUAGAGACUGUUAUCUUCACCGAGGCUGACGAUCAGACGAACUUACCUCCACCAACGUCACUCAAUGAGCUCCAAUUUGCAUCUCUGGACCAAAAAGCACAAAUGUCAAUUAACUCGACACACAUGCGCAUCGAAGAAGCCAUGCCUGGAGGUGAUGGUAUAUUCGACGGAUCAUAUGCACAGCAACAAUAUAACAUGGCUCCACCUCCAGUACCGCAACCAUCAUAUCAACCACAAUACCAAGAUCCUCGCCAGAGAAACAACGAAGAUGAAGAUGAAGAGGAACAGAGAAUACGGGAGAGAACAGAGGCUAGAGCUCGUGCUCAACAAGCACAGGCUGAAGCUAAGGGUGGUGCCGCACCUAUGAGGAUAAAGGAGAACUACGUUCCCAGAGCUGCCGCAAGAGCUGCCAACAAGCAGCAAAUGGCUCUUUGUCCGAACUGUAAUCAACAGAUCCCUUAUGAUGAGCUUGAUGAUCAUAUGAGAAGUAGGAUAACACCAAAACCUUUUGACAUACACCCAGGACUAACACUCUUGCAGUUGAAUUGCUUGAUCCUAGAUGGAAGGAACAGAAAGCGAAAGCAGAGAGCCGUUAUGCAACAACUAAUCUUUCAACUCAAGAUGUAGCCAACAACCUCAAACGCUUGGCAAGUCAAAGAAGUGACAUAUUCGACGGAGUUACGGGCCAGCCCAUAUCAGAAGAAGAAGCCGCUCGAAGGAAGAAGGCGGCGAAUGGUUACGACGGUACUCCUUUGGAUAAGACAGACCGGGCACGAUAUGAAAUGAUGCAAAAUGUUAACGUCGAAGAGCAGAUUCGGGCAAUUCAUCAGAAAUUUGGUGACCGGAAAUAAGGUCGAAGGACGAACUGAGCAUGAGGAUCUGCCCGUGUCUGUAAGGGCAAAUGACUCUUGGAGAUAAAUCUGUUCUCAAAAUUGUAUGAAUACGUAUUAACACGGAAGGAUCCCAAAAUAUAGGAGCAUGGUGUUCUGGCAUAGGGUUGGUAUGUUUUAUGUAAAU